AUGAGGACAGCCCUGUCCUUGGCCGUCACGGGCUUCUUGCCCAGCUGCGUGUACACCUCCGUGGUAAUCCUUCGGGUGAGCAUGCAGAGGAAGCAUAUGAUGCCACAGGUCUUUACCAAGAGCCAUAGCCCGGGCACCAGGGCAGUCUCCCAGUGCUGCUGGGAACUCCAGAGAUUUGCAACAAGCUAUCACUGUCCAGAGAUCUCCACAGCCAAGGAUGCAUACAGCUUUCUCAACAAAAUCGGUGCCUACGCCGAUUUGCCCCGGUUUUUCAAGCCUUGCACGAAAAGCGACGGCCAGUCGUGCCAUCUGCUGGACCAGCUCGACAUCUGGAACCAGUUUCUGCAAGAAGUGGGCAUGCUGCUUGAGGAAGUGGCCCCGGAGACACUCAGCGUCGCUCCACAGCGCAGGGCUUCUGACGGCCUCGCAACGGAGGACUGCAAUCCCGACGGAUGGGUGCUCCUCUACUGGCUCUUCAAGGAACAUCGCUGCAUUGCAAACCUACAACUCCCCAGUCCCAACAAACAUUCCCAGCUCCAUCUGGGCGUUGCACUGAGCCAGAACUCUGGGCUGAGGACGCUGACACUGAGUUACGAGACGAGCGAAGAAGAGCUCAGGAUGAUCUACUCCACCAUGACACGUUGGACAAAGCUAGAGAGCUUGACCAUCAGCGGACUAGCGCUGUCCAAUGACACUGCGGUGCUACUGGAAGCCUCCCUGGAGAAGCUACCAUUGCUGAGGUCUCUGGAGGUAUCUUUCUUGAGUAUCGCUCCUGCUUGCGAUGCUGAGCUGCUUAAGGGUGUCUUUGAGAGGAUGUCAGCACUGACAUCGCUCUCCUUGGACUUCACGUUCGAACCGUCAGAUGUUGAAUUGGUGCUCCGCUGCCUGGGACCUGGUCUGUCCGUGCUCAGCGUAGGUGACAGCUUUCUGGUACCCGAGGAAGGAGCGGUCUUCCAAGAAUUCCUCGCUGGCAACACCGUCUUGAAGAAGCUCACCCUAAUCCAAAUGGUGUGCACAGGAAUGGGUGAGCUCGAUAAUGUUUUCAAGGGUCUUCUAAUAAAUCAUAUCCUCGAGGAACUGCACCUCUUGAACUUUGUCCUCAAAAAUUCUACGAUGGAACUGCUUGCAGAAGCUGUGGUGGAGCACAGCACCCUGAAGAUUCUGGAGGUUUAUUUUUUUGACCAGUGCUGGGAGGUGGACGGUACACCUCUUGCGAAGAUGCUGGGUCAGAACAAGAGCCUUCAAGAACUGAAGUUCGAAGGGGGCGAAGUUGCCUGCUACGACGCAUUUGCCGAGGCAGUUCGCAAGAACACCACGCUGAAGAAGCUGUCUCUCGAUCUUGUCCAGUUAGACGACUUGGCCGAAAUCUUCGUCUACAGGGGGUUUCUGGAGGCACUUUCAUGCAAUGGAACGAUCCAGCAGGUCACGUUGGAAAGCAUUGACCCUGUUUUAGUCGGCCAAUUCAGCGAGCUUCUCCGUGAGACCGGGACUGAGAGAAGGGUGACCUUUCAAUUUGAGUUGACCAGCAGCCAGUUGUUUACUGAGGCACUGGAGAAAUGCUCGGGACUCGCUGAAAUGACAUACUCAGACUGGGGGUCCAAAAUCCCUGUGCCCCCAAGUGCAUAUCGGCACCUCAUGCGCUAUUACUACCUCGAGUACCUAGACAUCGCCCUCUUCCAUCAAUCGAUAAAGUACAAGGCAGCGACUACCCUGGCUGAGUUUCUUGCAUCUACCAGAACCCUGCGGGCUGUCCGUCUCCGCUUCCACGCUUCACCGGCGGCCACACAUGCACUCUUGGACAGCAUCUCGUGCAAUAGGAGCAUUUCAAGUUUAUUCAUAUCGAGGUGGACUUUCAACGAACGGAAUGCCAACAUGUUGUGGCAGAUCUUGAGGAACAGCAACAUUCUCAACAACAUCUGGCUGUGGCUUGACUCUAAGAGCGAUUUGCAGGCAAUGAGCCAGCUUCCUGAACGUCUGCUAGACAACCACAGCCUGCUCUCUGCAAAUUUUUCGGACUUCCCGGAUUUCAAGUCGAAAGUCAGGGACGUGAUGCGGCGGAACUUGUCGACCCUCUACCGUGCAGUGAUGUUUGUUAUGGGUUCGCAUGGAAGGCGCUACGCCAAGGCCUUUGAGUGUGUCUCAAGGAGCCCAGCUUUGGUCGAGGAAGUGCAGAAGUAUGCCUCCGAAUCCAAGGAAGAUGCCAAGGAACGGCUGAGAUGUGCCAAGGUCUACCUGUACCAGCAUUUCAUGGUGGCAGCUGGUGUUGUCAAGGGCACUGUUACGUGCAUCGAGAAUGGACAACUCCAGCUAGAUCAGAUUGGCUUAGACAACUGGCUCCACAUCCGACAAUACCUCAAGGUGGCUGAUAUCGAGGAACCCACUGACCAGCCAUAAACAUCCAGUCACCUUUGCAAGAGGUGUUAGAUAUAUGUAGAAAUUCCUUGUAGCUCUUCGUUUUAAUUUUUAUUCAAAAUGAUUUCUUGUUUUAAUUAACUACUAGAGAAUCCUUCUUUAUGUUAUUUUUUGGUAUCAGGCUUGUGGAUUUUCCUGAAUCUUUCCUAAGACGAAGUUUUGUUUCCUAAAUUUGUUGGCAUUGUUAAGAAGUUUCUUAUGGGCUGUUGCUUCUUGUCACAUUGUUUUUCAAUAUAUAAUUUGGAAUUAAAUGUGCCUUGGAAAUUUUUUAUGCUAGUAUUGCUGACAGUUUGCAAUUUUUUAAGUAUAGUCUUCCAAGUAAUGUGAAAUGGUGGCACGCUUGAGGUUUCCCGCAAUUUUUAAGUCAUCUCCCACAUUUCACAGUCUAAGAAAUAAAUAAGCGUUGAACUCUCGGAGCCUUGAAGACAACCACAUAUCUGUUAUGAAUAUUUUAAAGAUUA